UCAGGCGAGAGACGGUAUAUCACGUGGAUUUCUCCGCAUUUCUCCUCAUCUCCGUCAACUCCUUUACAAUUGCGAACGCGAUGCUCGGCCUGCCUUUCAUGGCUGGCUGCGGGGCAUAAAUUAAUCAAAGCGCGUGAGAUUCUGGAACAUGGCGCUGCCCGUCGACGUCUGGCUGCUUGUUUUCGACAACAUUGACGACCUCGACCUGCUCUGGUCCGUCGUCCGCAACGUCUCCCACUUCCUCCGCGGGUGCGUAGAGGAGCAUUUUCGCCAUGGCGUGCUCCGUACUGCCUUGGUCGACUUGCACUACAGCACCGUGCACUCACACAGCGGGCCUUCCUUCUCGUACCUGCAUCUGCCCAUGCACUUCUCUCGUCUCUCAUCAGACGGGACACGCGCAAUCUUUCGGCAGAUGGCAUACACGCACUACCCCAGGCUCGCAGCUGGGGGCUCCGUUCGCGGAUGGGUGCCCUUCGUCGAGCGCUAUUGUGAAGAGACACUGAAGUCCAUGCCCGUGGUGCUACACAAGAGGAGCAGCACGAAAGCGCCCCCGCUGUGGGAGCAAGAGCACUUCGACCUGCGCAACACGCUGGCUGGCGAAGACAAGACAUCCUAUCUCAGUGAACUACGUGAUCACACCAGCAUUGGGCGAGGCUAUCGACCACCCUACUACAUCAAGAUCUCCGAGCACAUCAACGAUACGGAGCUUGUCAGCCUAGAAAUCGACUGCGAGGCGCGCGAGAUUUCCUUUGAAUGGCGACGUACAUUCUCCGCCUUCUUCCAGGAGCGGCAUUUCAUUGCGCUCUCUGGCAAGAACAUGGGCAAGAAGCGUGCAUACGAUGACGAUGUGAGCCUCGCUGCUGCAAGACUAGGCUACGACUUGGCGAAACAGUCGAAUGUAGCCGCAUACGAUGCCAGACGCGCACGCAGGAAGCGUCUGCAGCCCUGGGUAGUUAAGAACAAACACCGCAUGACGCCAGACCAUCGGUGGAAGAUUGAGAAUGCAGUGGAGUGCGAGAAAUUUCACGUCAAGCAUAACAUGCAUCGAGGAAACUUGCGUGAACUCAAGCCUGAAGAGCUGGUCUGUGAGGAGUUGGUCCCUGAAAGAUGCGCUGACGAUCUUCCCUAUCUAUUGAUGUGGCCCUGGGGCGGCGAAGACACUUUCUUUACUCCUAGAAAGCCGGUGGAAUGCAGUCCAAGUUGUUGUACUGUUCUUUGAAUGGGCUAUGCGCAUACCGUCGCACUCUUAUCUUCUCGGCUUUAUACCCUGUCUGUUUCCAUUCAACUGGCUAUCAUUUGUAAGGUUUUAUACCGUCGCGUUGCACAAACACCCUUCAAAUCUCAUGAUUCACGAACGAUGACUACAAGUCCGUACUUCUAUCUAAAGCAGAAUAAUAACCAACAUCUGUUUCCAACUCGACAAGCAAUUCCCACAAUUUCAGGGUACCCUCCGAAUCAAUCGAGCCCUCCUUCCCAUCUUGUGCCCACCCCAUCCCUCAGUCAGCA